CCGGCAUACUGCUCUACCUCCGAUCAUCCGUUGUGCGACACAGGGGUGUUUCUAUUAAUCCCACGGUCGGAUGAAACACGGGGUGCAAGACACGUCGAGGCUCCGACUUGUAUCUCAGCCAUCCUCGGUACAGCUCUUGAUCGGAUCUCAGUUCCGUAUCUCUGGGAUUCUAUGUGCAAAUGAAAGAAAUCUCCGAUCCAACUUGUGCGCUUCUCGCAGCAUCUGGGAUCCCUAGCAUAUCUUGUAACGAGUCUCCUCUUGCGUUCUUUUCUUUAUCUUUCUCGUUCCGCUGUCUUUCUGAUCUGGCCUCCUGCCUCCAGCUGUCCACCAUAUCGAUAUGACUGACCUUCUUUGAGUUCUACUUGAAUAUCCUCAAGCGGUAAUCUACCAGUCUCUAAGAUUCGGCAUAUCGAGGAAAGUUCAACGUUCCCUGUACUUCCCAUUGUGACGGAUUUGCAGAUAAUAAUGAGAUGCUAGAUAACAUGCUGGGCUCCUCCGACCCGCAGAUUCAAGUCAGAGAACGGCGUUCGACUCGCGUGUGCCUGUUUCUCAAGGUCGGACUUAGUCGCGGACAAUUUUGACCAGCGGCUUCAGGCCGCAAACCGUUUCGUAAAUUGAACCUUCACACUGGCACGGCGUGUCAAUCGAUCAAUUUAUUCGUCCCUUUGACCAUGCAUCUAUGACAGACGAGUGGGACCGGGCUCCGAGUCCGAAAUGCCUAUAUAACCCAGAACGCGGAUCUCAAUGGCUUCAUCCCCAGCAGAACUGAAAGGCGAAAUCGUGGCCACUGCCUUGUUCACGACCAAGCCGGGAGCGGGCGACGAAAUGGAGGCGCUGAUUGGCCCGCUGCUCGCACACGUGAAGCAGAACGAGCCUGGGACGCUCGAAUACUCGAUCGCGCGCAACGGGAGCACGGAGAACUUCAUCACGUGGGAACGAUUCAAGGACGCCGACGCGUUGCAGGCGCACAUGCAGAACACGUUGUUGGCCGAGAUCAUGGCUCGCGGGUUGUUUGAGAAGCCGCCGGUGGUCUCGUUCUAUAAACCCAUUCAGCCAACCGUGUGAUUCAAGUUCCAUGCAAAUGUAAUGAUGUUGUACUAUGAUGCGAUCCCACUUGAUAUUCAGAAGGGUGUGAGGCACGCUGUUCGUCCAGCUAUUCCUGCAACAUCAUAUUCUCGUCAUUUGCUUCGCGUGAUCGCCGUGUCAAACUGUAUCAGUGUGUAACCCAA